CGAGGCAGUCUCUCCUCAGCUCUCCGGAGGGACGGGGAGCGGCAGCCGCGGAGUAGGAUGCUCUGCGGGGCGCCCUGAGCCGGGGGCGCCUGAAGCAGCUUCGGGGGCCGGGGCCACAGGGCAGCUCUCACCAUGCAUCAGUCCCUGACUCAGCAGCGGUCCAGCGACAUGUCCCUGCCGGAUUCCAUGGGAGCCUUCAAUCGGAGGAAACGAAACUCCAUCUAUGUCACCGUGACUUUGCUCAUUGUGUCCGUGUUAAUUCUCACGGUGGGCCUUGCUGCAACCACCAGGACCCAGAAUGUGACUGUUGGAGGUUAUUACCCAGGAGUUAUUCUUGGCUUUGGAUCGUUCCUUGGAAUCAUUGGAUCAAACCUCGUGGAGAACAAACGGCAGAUGCUGGUGGCUUCUAUCGUCUUUAUCAGCUUUGGUGUGAUUGCGGCCUUUUGCUGUGCCAUAGUUGAUGGGGUCUUUGCUGCCAGACACAUUGAUCUGAAGCCCCUCUAUGCUAACCGGUGCCACUAUGUCCCCAAGACAUCUCAGAAGGAAGCUGAGGAGGUCAUAAGUUCCUCAACCAAAAAUUCUCCUUCCGCGAGGGUUAUGAGGAACCUUACGCAGGCAGCUCGAGAGGUGAACUGCCCUCACCUCAGCCGUGGAUUCUGCACACCUCGCAUCCGGGGCAACACCUGCUUCUGCUGUGACCUCUACAACUGCGGCAACCGGGUAGAGAUCACUGGUGGCUACUACGAGUACAUCGACGUCAGCAGCUGCCAGGAUAUCAUCCACCUCUACCACCUGCUCUGGUCUGCCACCAUCCUCAACAUCGUUGGCCUCUUCCUGGGCAUCAUCACUGCCGCUGUCCUGGGGGGCUUUAAGGACAUGAACCCAACUCUCCCAGCACUGAACUGCUCUGUUGAAAAUGCCCAUCCAACUGUUUCUUACUAUGCUCGUCCUCAAGUGGCAUCCUACAACACCUACUACCAUAGCCCUCCUCGCCUGCCACCUUAUUCUGCUUAUGACUUUCAGCAUUCCAGCGUCUUUCCAUCCUCCCCUCCCUCUGGACUUUCUGACGAGCCCCAGUCUGCCUCGCCUUCGCCCAGCUACAUGUGGUCCUCGAGUGCUCCACCCCGUUACUCUCCACCUUACUAUCCGCCUUUUGAGAAGCCACCCCCUUACAGCCCCUAAAGAGGAAUGCCCGCUGGCUGUUGAGAUUAUUGUGGCUUUUGUAUUUCUGCUUUAGUGGAAGUGUGUAGGGUACAAAAUUUAAAGUGUGACUCAUACAUAAAGUUUGACAGUGGCCUGCCAGGCUAGGGAAAGAUAGAGAAGAAGUUUAUUUGUUAUUAGUGCAGAGGAGGGGUGGCCAGGCUGAGCCCAGCAGUUCUGAGCAGGACAGCGCGAGGCUGGGGAGCCAUCUCAGCAAGCAGCGUCUCUGGUCUGGGCCUGCAUUACCCUAUGGCCCCACCUCUAUAGGCCACAGAAGCAUGGUUGCCAUCUGCUUCACUUGGUGUAAAAGAAGUGUUGUCCUCACCCUUGGCAGAUUGCCACCCUAGCACCUCAGUUGAAGCGCCUGGCUUAGAGGCCCUCUCUUUCCCUCCCACUAAAGUCAGUCCCUAAGGAAAAUUUCCCAGAUGAUAGGGCUACACGGUAGUUUCAGUGCAGAGAGUUCUGGCUAAGAUUUUGUUUGCUUGUGUCUGAUGCUGAAUAAAGCUGGCCAUAUCCCUUA